AUGUCUGGUUUACCACUUGAUCCAAAUACAUCUAAUCCUGUUAACACCAUAAUUAAUGCCCCCUUUAAUGACACAACUUUGCUCAACCAGCCUGGCUCACUCAAUGCAAACAACUCAACCACCACACCAUUCAACUCCAUUAAUACUACAUCUGAUAAUAUGUUUGCGUCUUUGGAUGUUUGUUAUACUAUAAUUGUUGGAGGUGCAACAUUCCAAUUGUCGGCAACAUCUCUUUUCUCUGACAGCCCAAAUCACUUUACAGAUUACUUUGCUAACUCAUUGACUCUAGUGAUGAAUAUUGAUAGAGACCCAGAAAUAUUUAAGGAUAUCGGAUAUUAUGUUGUACCAAGAGAUGAGGUUCACUAUAUGCAUUUGUUGACAGAUGCAGUAUUUUACAAUUUGAUAAAGUUGAAAAAACAAUUACGGAUGAGUUAUAUGAUAAAUGUUGGUGGAAAACUAUUUCAACUCAACCGAGAGUUAUUAGAAAUCCGUGACACACCAAAUUAUUUUACUUCUAUAGGAUUCGAAUGUAAUUGGGAACCACCACCAAAUUCACUUACAAAGAUAUUACCAUUUAUACCAUCAUUAAAACCAUCAAUGAUAGAUCGUGAUCCAGAUUUAUUUGCCGAGAUAAUGAGGUAUCUUCAAGGUUACGAUAUAGAGAUUAAGAGCGAAGAUGUACGAACUUCAAAUUCAGCUCUAUCACUUGAAAAAUCACUUGAAAACAUCGAUGAUAAUAAUUCUAAUCAUAUGAUGCAAGAUGAUGACAAUAAUAGCGGUAACGCCAAUAGUAUCAACAACAAUGAUGCGAGAAAUCGAAUAAUGUACAAGAAUAGGGAGGGAUCAUUGUAUUAUUUGUUGGUGCAAGUGAAUAAUACUGAUUUAAUAUGCAGAUAUGGAUAUGACACAUUAGCACCAUCUUUUAAUAGAAGCGUGACAACGCCUCCAACACCGACAAAUUAUAGUAGAGAGUCACCAUCAAUUCCAGCUUUGGAAUUACAGCUAUCUAAAGAUGAUAUAAAAAAAUUAAAAAGUAUCGCCAAGUCAAUCAAAGUGUCUGAAGACAUCAGAGCUGAGAUCUGGCAAUCAUCAUUGAGCAGCACAUGUGCAUUUGAGAUAGACGGAAGAAGUGUAACUUUCGAUGUUUUGACAAAUGUUGAUAAGUUGUCUUCGUUGAUCAAGAUUGAUGAAUUUGGCAACAAGACUUUGAAAUUAUUCGUUAAAAGUGCAAUUUUAAGGUUAUAUGUAAAAGAUCAAAAGAUUGGAAUAGAAAUGUUGAAAUGCAAGGCUUUUAGUACAGAGCGAGAAUUCAAUGCUACAAGAGAAUUCUUGGACUGA